AUGGAAUUGAAGAGUUUUCUCGUCAUCGGAAAACCGAAUAAGACUCGUCAUCUGGUAACAUCAUAUCCAAGAAAGGUAACCGAUGCUCCGGUAACCAUAAUCACAUAUGUGCUAAAAAUGAUCGCAUAUCAGUGGGCGAGCCCAGUGCCAUUCAUCAUAACAUGCGGUCGAGGUUGGGGGAAGUAUGAAGGUCGCGUACCCGGGGAAACCUGUAAACAGCCAUUGUUUAUCGACAUUGAUGAAAUCUCAGUCGGUAAUUUCCAGCGUGCAAAAGCACAGAUGAUCAUCAUUAGAUGCGCAAGGAAUGAGCGAAGGGCUGCUUACCAAGAAUACAGCAAUCUUAGGAUGCCAUUUCGCGAUAGAGAAUUCGGUGUUGUGCUCAUUAGGCCUACUGAGGACAAUAUAGAAGGCAUUGUGUGCGAUCAGACUGACGUGCAAGCAGAAUUUUCAUUCCUUGAAAGAGCGAAAGUAGAAGCUUACUUUGAGAACGAGGGCCGUUAUCACCCAACUCCGGUAUCCAUGCCGGCAGAUCCAAAGAGCUUUUGGACGCAGAGAUAG